AUCGCAUUCACAAGAGGCGAAAAAACAUGCCCGCCUGGGUGCGGGGCCAUGAUCACAUCAAGACGAAGAAUCAAAACUUUCGUCAUCCUUGCAGCUUACCAAGAAGCCUUCGAAAGGUUUGGGCAUUUCCUUGCCAGCAAACCAUUGGCAGUCCUUCUGGUUUCGAUUUUUAUUAUCAUUGGUUGCUGCCUGGGAUUCUUUCGCCUGAACGUCGAACAGCCAAGCAUUGAGCUUUUUACUGUCACCCACAGCCAAUCCAGGCGAGACUCGCAUAAUUCCGCGCAAUUCUUUCCGAUUCUUGAGGCGCGCCAAGAACAAAUAAUCAUGACGGCCAAGCAUGGUGAAAGUAUUCUGAGCGAAAAAUGUUUGAAAGACGUCGUCAUGGUCCAUAGAGCCAUAGAGAAUAUCAGCGGUUAUGCUGAUAUAUGUUUCAGGCAGCAAUUACCAAGUGUCGCACUAAAAGGAAACAAAAAAAGCUGCGUGAUCAGUAGUCCUCUUGAGUUAGCUGGAACUCAUUUUCAAAAUUUGAAAAAUCUUUCCCUUAUUCUGGCUCGUGAGUUGGUAAAGCCAACUACUGUUCUUUCUUCUGGCCAAACAUUCAAUUCUUCCUAUCCGCAAAUGCUGGCAAAUUUCCACAUAGACCGGAAUAGAGGUCCAUUGACUGCUCGUGCCGACGCUCUUCGAGUUAUUUACUUCAUAAGAAAGACAACCAGUACAAAAGACUACCAAGAAAUAGAGAAGUUUGAGGCCUCCUUCGGCAAUCUCCUCAUUUCAAUAAGUCCUCGCAUGAAAUGUGCAGAACUUUCCUACAAGACUGAGAGGGCAACAACAGACGCCUUGCAAGAUGUCCUCAAACCAGAAACAUGGCCUCUUUAUGUUUCAGUUUUUACGAUGGUUGUCCUUGCAUUCAUCGUACUACAUUUUUCCUCUACCAAUAGCGGUUGUUUAAGGACAAUCUUCCUGAUCUUUUUCUCUAUUGUUUUUCCAUUAACGUGUUCGGCAGGUGUUAUCUCGAUGAUAAACUUUGCCUUUUCCCCAACCUCCCUGUUUAUACCAUUCCUAGUAUUGGGAAAAGCAACUACAGACGUGAUACUUUUUCUUGUAGAAUGGGAAAGGCAAAAAAAGGUGCGAUCACUUGAACAUCGCGUUGUCAAUUGCCUGGCUAAAACAGGGAUCCUCGCUACUGUAACUGCACUUUGUGGGUCACUUCUUUGUGGAAUGGCAGUAAAAUCCUCUUUUGAGGGGAUUUCGCAUUUUUUCUUUGCAGCCCUUGUUACGUAUCUAGUAUUUUCUGCUUCUACUCUGACGAUCACAGUCACUGUGUUGCUGUAUUUUGAAAGGAAGCUUAACACCACGAACACUUCCUGUGAGACGGCAUGUGAAAGGUUGUCAAUCACUGAGGUUGAAAGCGUUCCACUACGACUUUCACAGUGUCAUAAAACAAAAGUGCAACAGAUUCUCAAAGAAUUGGCCCGAAAAAUAACAUCAACCGGCGGCAAAAUGUUCUCCCUUGGAAUCUUUGCCCUACUGAUCACUUUGUGUGUUUGUUCCGCUUUUCGAACUAGAGAGAGAACGCGUACCAUAGAGUCGCAUAGUCAGAAUGAAAAUUUCAAGAAGUUCAGUAAGGCACGACAAAUGUUCCUUGGCAACGAGACUGAUGUAAGCAUCGUUUUCUCCGAGGACAUUAACUAUUCACUAGAAAGUGUGCAAAAUCAAGUAAUAUCACUGUGUAAAAAACUGCAAGAGGCCACUUACAGUGAAGGAACGUCGCUUUGUUGGAUGGCAGAUUUCCGACAGUGGGUUAAACACCAAAACAUGAGUUGUUUGUACUCACGGUUUUACCGAUGCUUGGAACUUUUCCUGAAUAGUUCCUACAGUAUUCCGACUAGCCAAGACUUGCUUCUUGAGGAUUCUUCAUCCCUUGCCAAAAUAUCGGCGUCUCGAAUUCAUCUCAGGAUGAUACUUAAAAACCGAUUUAGUGAAGAUAGAGAAUCCCUAAGAAAUCUGAGAGUCGAUUUACAAGAACAAUCUUACCCGAGAGCCGUCCCGGUCUCCGAAGAAUUUUUCGACAUUGAUGACCACGUAGAGUUAGAACAAGAAACAAUUUCCAUAGUCAUCACAGCUGGCACAGUGGUGGUGUUUGCGGUUUCUCUGUUUACAACCUGUCAUCUAGGGGCUAGUACAAUCCUGGCCUUAACGUUUGACCUACUGGUACUGGAAGCAGCAGCAAUUAUGAAAACAACUGGAAUUCACCUAGGUCCUGUGCCUUUUAUUUCUCUUUAUGUGACGAUCAUCUUAUCCUUGAAUUAUAGUAUUGAAGUGGGCCAUUCGUUCGUACUCUCAGCCAAGCAAGAUAUACAAGAUCGUAUGAUUGAUGCUCUACGCUCCGUUGGACUAUCCGUGUUAGCAGGAACUUUAACAUCCAUAUUAGCAUGUGUUUCCUUAGGAUUCAUUUUUCCCAGUCUAGGAGACAUUUUCUUUCUACUACUUUCUCUGGUGUUCGCUCUAGGGUCAGUCCAUGCUCUUAUUAUCUUCCCGACGUUCGUUGCAUUGUUUGAGGAGUUAGUCCAUUGUUUUGAUACCAAGGUUGGCGAACAGAUGACAGAAUAUUUCAAGGAAACAAAUGAUUCAAUAUUACUAGAAGCACGAAAUGGUGACAUAAGAAAGCCUAAGGCUAAACGUCCCGCGAUCUCCAUCAUUGGCAUCAGUUGUAAAUUCCCCGGCGCCAACAGUAAGGAACUUUUUUGGGUUUUGCUUGAGCAAGGAAAGAGUUCCAUUCGUGCCUUCCCCGAGAACAGAACACAGGAGCAUAAGGCGUUUUAUCAGCUCUACAAUCCCAACCGCUUCGUUAAUGGACGCCUUUGUGCAAUCAAGGGUUCUUACUUGGAGGAAAUAAGCACUUUCGACAACAAAUUCUUCGGUAUAUCCAAUCAAGAGGCACGCACGAUGGACCCUCAGCAAAGAAUACUCCUUCAAGUGGUCUACGAAGCAAUCGAAGAUGCAGGAAUGCGGCUUGAAGACUUACAAAAGUGCAGAACGGGUGUCUUUGUUGGUGUGAUGAAUCUUGAGUACAGUGCACUUGUAACAGACCGGUCAAAUCUCUCCAAUGUCGAUCAGUAUUCUUCAACUGGGAUAACGGCGUCUAUUCUUGCCAACAGAGUGUCAUUUUGCCUUAAUCUAACCGGACCAAGUAUUGCCGUGGAUACAGCAUGUUCCUCAUCGCUGACUGCCCUUAAACUAGCCUAUGAUAGCCUGCAUAACGAUGAUUGCGAUAUAGCUAUAGUUUGUGCACCCAAUGUCGUCCUUAACCAUUCCAUGCAGAUAGUAUCUAGUAUGGCUGGACUUCUCGCGCCGGACGGCCGUUGCAAAAGUUUUGAUGCUUCCGGGGACGGUUAUGGACGCGGAGAAGGCUUUGCAGCGGUUGUUCUAAAGCUGUCAAGAGAUGCUUUAUGUGACAAGGAUGAUGUAUACUGCGAUAUCGUAGCAUGUGGAAUGAACAACGAUGGUCAAAAUGCUGUGCCGAUCACUGCUCCAAGUGCCAAGAUGCAAGCUAAAUUAUCCAGAAGCGUACUAGAACAGUCGGGAGUGGCUGCAGAAGACGUGGAUUACUUCGAAGCACAUGGAACUGGUACGGCAAUUGGUGAUGUAGUAGAAGUCAAUUCUAUAGCGGAUACGUACUCCAACCAGGCCGCAAAUUCUUCACGAAAAUUGAGAAUUGGCUCUGUAAAAUCAAAUCUCAAUCAUACGGAAUCGACUUCUGGUCUUGCUGGGCUUAUAAAAGUCGCUCUGAUGAUAAGAAAUAAGACGUUUGUACCAACUAUCAACGUUAAGGUGUUGAAUCCCAAACUAAAGCUAGAUGAGAAAGGGCUUAUUCUGCAACAUACUCGUGAGCCUUGGAAAACAGAAAAAAGCAAACCACGAAUAGCAGCCGUCAACUCAUUCGGCUAUGGUGGGUCAAAUGUACAUGCCAUUCUUCGCGAGGCUGCAUCCACGCCAAGGUUCGAAUGUGAAAACUUCGUACGCAGGGGUAUAGUACUCACUAUUACAGCGCGUUCGCUAGAAGCUCUUAAAAAGAUGUCACACAUUCACUCCGAGUGGAUUAAAGGCAACGCUGAAGAAACGGAUCAACACCUUAUGGUAAACUUAUGUUACUCGUUCAACGAACGUCGAAGCCAGUACCCACAUCGCUUGGCAAUUGCAUUUGGAACCGCUUUCGAAGCAUCCAAGUCACUGAAAGCUUUCGCUGAUGCCUCUGUUGGUUGGGAAAAGUUGGCUUCUUAUGCUGAGGUGACCUCAAGUGUUAGGAAAGUCGUCUUCAUGUUUGGUGGUCAGGGAUCACAGUGGUAUGCCAUGGGAAGGCAGUUAAUGGAAUGUGAAACUGUUUUCAGAGAAGCUAUUUUAAAAGUGAGCAGGAUACUCAAAGAUUUAGGAGAACCUUGGUCACUCGAGGUCGAACUGAUGGCAGCAGAAGACGUUUCACGAAUAACAGAAAGCUACAUUGCCCAGCCAGCCACCUUCGCUGUCCAGUACGCAACCGCACAGCUGCUUAAGUCCUGGAAAAUCCAUCCGUCUGCCGUUAUCGGUCACAGUUUAGGAGAGUUUGCAGCUGCCUGUGUUGCUGGAAUCAUCACUGUCAAGGAAGCAGUUCAGCUUGUACUAACUCGCUCCACCUUGCAAGAUAGGUGCCCAAAUAAUGGAGGUAUGGCUGCCCUGGGUAUGCCUGAGGUAAAAGCUAAGGAGUUACUUCUCAAUCUAAGGUUGAGCACUACCCUUGACAUAGCAGCGGUUAAUGAUGCAAAAAGCGUCACUGUAGCUGGUGAGUCGCAAUCCAUCGAAGCACUGGGGCAAUACCUAUCGAUGAACGAAAGAGAUGUUUUCUGGCGCGUUCUUGGAACAAAUCGUGCAUUUCACAGCUCACACAUGGAACCCAUCAAGAAACCCUUUCAGGCAGCUAUGAAAAAUGUCCAACUGAACCCUAAGUUAUCAAAGAUUCCAAUGUACUCUACCGUGGAAGGCGAAGUUGUUUCGGGUCAACAGUUAAACAGCGAUUACUGGUGGCAAAAUAUACGCUGUCCUGUUCGGUUCUAUUCGGCAAUGAAACACUUACUAAACGAUGGUUACAAGCAGAUAAUUGAGAUCAGCACACAGCCAAUUCUUGCCCACUACGUGAAACAGAUAGCUCUCCAGGAAGAUCUAACGGAAGAAGAGAGGCCCGUUGUUAUUGCAACUCUUCCUCGUAAGAGAGUACCCAUCGAGGACCAACACAAAUGCUUUCUUCAGAACACUGUAUGCAAAUUGUAUACCAUGGGCUUCCCCGUAGACUGGACCUCGGUGCAGGGGAACCAGUCAGCGAGGUUCAUCCGGCCCCCAACAUCUCCAUGGCUAGAAAGCACCUUUUGGUACAGGGAACACACACCACAAGCGAUAGUGCACCCAAUUGGCUCUAAAGAAACAGUUAAGAAGCUAACGCAUCCUUAUCUAGCACAGGUCAAAAUGACUGACCAAUGUUCAGGCCUGCAUUGCUGGGAGACUGAGAUUGACUUGUACAACUUUCCAUCUCUGAAGGACCACGCCCUUAUCGAGGGAGGUGCCGUGAUGCCAGGGGCUGCUUACCUGGAGAUGGCCUUUGCAAUGGUAAAGGACAAAUUUUUACACAUCUCUGGCCUGGAACUAAGUGAUGUGAAGCUUUCAAGUCUUCUCACUCUUCCCGAAACACAGGUUAGACCCUUACGUCUUCGCCUUUUGAAGACCGACGCAAUUGACAAGGCUCAGUUCCAAAUUACGAGCGUACAGGACGAUCAGUCUGAAAUUAUUUUGAGCAGUGGAAACAUCUCCGUAGAUCUCUUGCAUACAAGAGAAAACUUGGAGGAAGAAGCCUCCACUCAAGCUGGACUAACCAUUGAUAAGCUGAUCAGAAAUAUGAGAGAGGUGCCGAUUGAACGAUUCAGAGAAAUAACUCAAAAGUAUGGCUUUCAGUAUGGUAGUGCUUACUCUAUCAUUAAACAGACGUGGCACCGCGAUCACGAGGGACUUGCUUUGAUCGAUAUCCGUGAAUCACCCAUGGUUCAAUUAGAAUCUGAAAAUUAUGUGGUUCACCCCUCCAUUUUAGACGCCUGUCUUCAAUCCUGCUUUAUUCCUAUUGGAAUCUCAGCUACUUAUGAGAAAUCCAUUUUACCGGUAGGAUUUGGGGGGAUCACUCUGAAUGACGUUCCAAAAUCCAAUCAACUUUAUUGUCACGUAGUCCAGGAUGUCAAAGAGUUCGGAACAUUCGAUGUCACGCUUAUGUGUCCAUCUGGAAAUGUUGUACUGACCAUGAGCGAAUUUCAUGUAGCAGAGUUGAAUAGCACACCACGUCAAUUUACCUCUGAUGACCUUGUCUAUGAAGUGCAGUGGAUGAAAGAUGAGACGGAAGCACAAAGGAAAAUGGUGCCAAAUCUGACGUGUCUUCUACUCAGGGACAGCUCUCCCUUCUCAGACAGCCUGAUUGUAAAACUUCGCGCCGCAAAGGUCAAGGUAAUCACAGUUGAUCCACCCAAUGCUCUUUGUUUUGACACCGAAACAAAAGGGGUAAUCAGAACAGCGUUUACUGACUUACCUUCGAGAAACUCACCCUUCAAAGUUGUCAACAUGUGGCCAGUAGAGACGACUCUGCUACCAAACCAAUUUGACCUAAUCGAGAAAGCGCAAAAUCUCGCCUAUAGCAGCUCAGUCUUCUUAAUCCAACAGCUCGUAAGCAAGGGAUUCCUUGAUACUCGACUGCUGCUAGUCUCUGAAAGUACACAACUCAUAAGUGCCACCUCUAAGCCUGAUACUCAUACCAUUCCUUGGGCUGCUACAAUCUGGGGCCUUCGACGAACCGCGAAACACGAAGAAUCUGAUCUUGGUAUCACAACGAUUGAUCUUGGCAACAAAAAUGACAUCACCGAGGUAGAUUUGUUGUUUUCUGAGAUACUUUGCGAUAAUAUUGAAGAAGAAGUCGCCUUUCGAGAAGGAAAGCGGUUCAUAAAUCGCGUUGUGAGGUCAAACAUUUCCACAGAGCAGCCUACACCACAUAGCAAUGAUAGCGACUGGGGUUCCCUGUACUUGUCGGCCAUCCCCGCUACCAGGAAGGUCUGCCUUCGCCAAAAGAGUUUUUCAAAACCAUCGCCCUCCGAAGUCACUGUAGAAAUGCUCCAUUGCUGGACACCCUCUGAAUCAGUAGUUGAUGUGGCCAAACCAAACGCUUGUGUCUUCACCGUUGGAAAGGUCACUCACCUGCCCGAAGAAACUGCAAAUAAUCAAAUGCAAAUAGGAGACGUUGUAUGCGGCGUUAUGGCCUCUGGACGUGUUUCUCGUUCCUUUUCCAUACAAGUCAGCAACACGUUUGUGAAGCCAGUAAUUUUGACACAAGGACAAGCAGCAUACAUCCCCGCCUGCCUAGCCAUAGCUUUACACGCCCUAAAACUGAUAGCAACAAUGAAAGAAAGUAAGAAGUUACUUAUACAUCAAGCUCAACGUGGUCCUGGACCUGCAGCAGUUGCACUUGCAAAAGCAUUGGGUCACAAAGUAUUUGGCACUAUCUCGGAUACUUGCCAAUCGGUAACAAAGUCCACCCUGUUAGAGCUGGGAGCUGAGAGUAUAAGACAUCAGAGCCUAACUAGAUUUGAAGAUGAUUCCAGAGAUGCUUUUGAUGCGGUUUUAUUUUUCUACCCACCCCCUCCGAACACUCUUCAAAAGAGCAGUCGAUGUCUCAAACGAGGAGGUAAAGUUGUUAUCUUGGGGGCCGAAUUUGAUGGUGACGUCGUGUUCCCCGCGAAGAAAAACGUCAUCUAUGUUAGAGAAAGCUUUUCGGACAUCCUCCUAUCGCCACAAACCUAUCAAAAGCUCAGUUUAGAGAGUCUACAACUACUCAAAGGUGGAAGACUUCUGGAAAAACUACUAGAAAUCAGAUUGGUAUCGACAGACAUACAAAAGGCAGUUAAAGCUGGAAACGAGUUCACUCGGAAUGACUCACCUCCGGAAAAUUCCAUGACAGCAUCUCAAGGUAUUUCUUUUCUGAUUCACUCGUUUACUCCAUCCGAAGAAGGUAAUGAUCUUCAAAAGAUUCCCGUCCUGCCACGCGGUCUGGAUGAAUGUGGUCUGAAGGAAAACAGAACGUAUUUGGUGGCGGGGGGGAUCAGAGGAUAUGGAUUCGAAGUGGCACGUUGGAUGGCCAAAAAUGGAGCAAGGUCUAUAGGACUAAUUGGUCGUUCCAGACCCUCAGAUGCCGAGCAUCGAGAAGUACGAGAUAUUGAGACAAAGACAGGCGCAAAGUUCUAUAUGUUCCAGAUUGACAUAUCCAGCCAAGAGCAAAUGGUCUCGCUAAAAGAGCAGCUUAAAUCUCUUCCAAGUGUGGCUGGAAUCGUGAAUUCUGCCAUGGUCCUCAGAGAUGAAUAUAUCAAAGACUGGACUUUUAAAAGUUUUACAGAUGUCAUGGCUCCUAAGAUCAAGGGUUCCUUUUUACUACACCAAUUGAGCUUGGAGAUGGAUCUAGAUUUCUUCGUAAUGUUUUCAUCCAUGGCAUCCAUUGUUGGAAAUAUGGGCCAAUCAUCAUACUCCGCCUGCAAUGCCUUCCAAGACUCACUUGCCCAAUAUCGAAGACAAGUGCUUGGUUUACCCGGACUUUCGAUAAACUGGGGACCGAUCAGUGGAGCUGGCGUGAUGGAACGGCAGAGUAAUAUUGCAAAAUUGAUGACAGCUGGAGGACUGGGCUUCAUAAAUGCCAAAGAUGGAGUUAAACUUAUGGCCAAGGUUUUAACCAAGGAGCCGAGCCGCUUCCAAAUCUCUUUAUUUGCUGUGGACUGGUCUCGAUAUAUCAAAAGUACUACCGGACUACAAAAGACGCCCCGACUCUCAAUGAUCACCACAGAAAUCAGUCUUUCUGAAAGCCAAACUAAUACAGCAGAGUCUUUACUGCAAAGAAUCCGGCUAGAGAAGGACCCAGACAAGAAAGGCGAACUUAUUGUGGAGUAUGUUCGCAUGUCGGUUGCUGAAUUGACAGGUACUUCAUCGUCUUCAGAGACAGAUCUUAACAAAAGCCUUUACAGCUACGGUAUCGACUCCACUGCAGCUUUGACUUUGAAAAUGCUGCUUGAAUCGAACUUGCAGGUUUCUUUUGAGGUCUUCUACUUCAUGCAGCCCGAUACAACCACCAUAAAAAUGGCCAAGGACAUCAGUGCCAGGCUUUGUGGGAAAGCAAGCAGCCCGCAAAAUAGCGAGAGUCAAGGAAGCGCCCCCAUUGAAACUCAAUCAUCGGAGGAUACAAGUCUUUCAGUCAUGCCGUCCAAGAAUGAGGUGCAAGUUUUACCCCUUUACACUCCCGAGGGAUCAGCAAUAAAGUUCUUUUGUAUACAUCCUUCACAUCGCUACGCGUUGAAUUUGGUUCCUAUUUCAACAGGAUUUCAAGGACAGGACUUAAUAUCCUUCUAUGCUCUGGGCUUUGCUGACCCUACAGUAAUCAGUGAGGACUGGGGUGGAGUGCGUGAGCUUGCCGCUCAUUAUGUUCAGCUGAUCACCAACGAACAGCGCCAUGGACCGUACUUUCUCGGGGGAUAUUCAUAUGGAGGACUUCUUGCGUACGAAAUGGCUUCCCUGUUAACAGAACAGAAUCAUAGAGUGGAGUUCGUUGCCAUGAUUGACACAUUUCCCUGGUCACCUCGUUCACGGACCAUAAACACUAGGCUAACUUCCAUGGAAAAAGACGGGUGGUUGCCAUCGCGACAUGUUCAGCUUCAAUUUGAAAGCUAUUUGGAAAAGCUUGCAGUAGACUCACUAAAGAUGAACGUUGACGAGUACAGGGAAAUGAAAGAGAGGCACAGUCAAGACUGGAUCAUUGAUGAAUUGCAGAAAAGAAGCCUUACUAGAGGUCUUACCACUUACAAUUUAAGGACCCUAAAAGAAGCUCUUCUGAGGAAUCAGACUUUGGCAAAUAGGACGCACCAAGAAUGGCAGCCUGCUGAGGUUCGUUAUCGAGGUCCCCUCACAUUCCUUAAAUGUCAGGACAGGAGAUUUUUUUCCCGUAAUCCCACAUCACAUGGCAUCGAGGAAGUCUGGAGUCAGUUGGUAGAUGGAGGUACCACAGUACUCGUUUGUCCUGGUGAUCAUUACUCCUUAAGUGAAUUACCUCACGCACAAGUAACAGGAGGUAUCCUAGCAAUAGCCCUGGCCUUCACGUACCGCAUGUUGUUCCCAGAAUUUCCCACACCUCCAAGAACGUUCAACCAAAGACGUGCCGUGGGGAAACUUUCCGGUGGUGUAGGCGUAUUCCUUCAUUCAAAGAGAGGCAACAAAAUGCCGCAUUAUGGCGGCCUAUUUUUCCGUGAAGAUAUCCACAGACUAGAGUUGAGAUCAAAACCUGGCGACGAAGAAGCGAUUGAAAACGAGAAAACGAAAAAGAUCAUUGAUCUGAAAGAACUUCGCAUGGUACAGCCAGGAAGGCUCGUCUCCAGUGCCCUGAAGUAUACCUGGCGAAAACGAAGAGUUGGAGGUUAUGAAAGUGGAAACCUGGGGCAUAUUGCUUCCGUUGCAACCAGUCGCCGCGUGUACAACCUGGAAUUUUGUGAUUAUUCCGAUUUAGAAGCGUUUUAUGACAUGGUAGAAGCUGUGUUUGCUGUGAAGUUAUUAACCAUUUAGACCUUUCACGUGAUUCCGGAGCUAUUCAGAACAUGGCGUGAAUUUGCUAAUUUGAAGAAUCAAUGUCAACUGGCACUUAGAAUUAGAUGAUAGAUGUUAAAGUAGUUUCUACCUUCCCAACCUUACUAAACUAAAGUUUUAUGCUACGAACAUUUGGAUAGGUAUACAAAUCGUUUUUAAAUUAGUCUUAACAACUUGUCCUCAUACUCGUUCGACUGCCACUCCUCAUUUUUUGCGAUAAUAACUGGCACUUUUAACUAUUUUCGCGGAUUUAUUUAUCAGUAAAAAGCUUGGAAGUACUGGGAGAGUUUAAGCAUUCAGGGUAAUUUUAAAUACAAGACACCUUUGUACCAACCUUUGCCUUUAUUGCGAAAGAGAGAAGCGUUGGCUGAGCGAGAGUCACACGCGAGUCUUCCCGCUUUGCUAACGCUUCUCUUGCUUGGAAAAGUAGACGGAAAAAGUUAUAUUUCACCGUGGCAUAAAUAGUUCGUGAUUAAAACUAAAUUUCAUCGCGUAAGAAAGCUUCAAGUGAAGUCUUUGGAUGAUAGAAUUUUAGACGGAUGUUUUCCUAAUACCUGUCAAAGGCCCAUAUUGCAACAAUGGUAAUUCUGUAUUCUUUGUUUGUUUCAUAGUCAUAUUUGAAGUUUUCGUUGCCUUUCAAAGAAGUCAUGGCGAUUUCUUGGCCCAGGAUUAAGAUUGUUUGGUUGAUUAUAGUUAGUGAUGUCUUUUGAAAUACGAAGCUUUUAUUUCCCUUUCGACAAAUGUAAUUCCUUUAAGGAGGAUUGUUCUAGAUUUCGUUAGACGUAUAUUUUGGGAACAGUAUACAUAUGUAAUCUGAGAAAAAACCCUUCAAACCACUCGCUGUAACUGGGACUUUUUUCAUUUUCAAUAAAUUUGUUGAUGUUUUAAUUACAAAA